AUGACAUCGACAACGUUAUCACAUUUAAAACCAAUUGUUGAAAAUUGUAAUCAUAUUAAAGAUCAAACAAUAGAAACUCCAAUAUCUAAUAGUUGUCCAACAGAUAAUUAUCGUUAUUCAUCUCCAUGGCCAGCAUCCGAUUAUGCAACAAAAACGACGCGAGCUUUAUCAUGUAAUGAACCAAGACCAAGAACUUCAUCAUCAACAUCAACAAAUACGAAUCGAUUAAAACAUAUAUGUGCAUGUGUUAAACGACGUUUUACUAUAUCAAAAGAUAAUGUUGAUAUAAAUCGAGGUUUAUCAUCACGUUUUACUAAAUAUAAAUCAUUUUCAUCAACACUUGAUGAACCCUAUAAUGAUUUUGAAUGGCCAGAUUUCGAACAUAUUUAUGAUACAAUUCCACAUUGUCUUGCUAAAGCAUUACCAGGUCUUGAUGAUCUUUCAAUAGAUGAACAUUAUGAUAUAACACAAGAAACAUGCAAUACUUUUACAGAUGAAACAAAUGAACUCAUUCCUUUAUUUGAAAAUUGUAAACGAGGAAUAUAUUAUCGACGAAAUGCUAUAUGUCCCAAACUUGAUAAAAGUAUUUAUAGAGGACAAUUAGAUGUAUUUGUUCAACAAUUAAUGAUCGAAAAAUUAAUGAGAACAUGGACUUAA